CUGCCUGCCAGCCUCAUCCCAGCGAACCACCCGGCACGCCAUCCGCUGAACCGUCACCGUCUCCCUCCACCUCCGGCCCCGGCGUGGAGCGUAGGAGGACCGUCGGCACUCGUGCUUGGUGUUGUUCGAUGGUGAGAAAUCCUAACUUGCUUGGGAGGAUUUUUCCUAGAGUUUCGUUUUGGGGGGGAUUGUUCGCUGCUGCAUAUGUUUCUCUCGAUCGAUUCCUAGGAUUUAUUUGUUGCGCGGUGGAGCACCAGUCCGGCAAUCAAUCCAUCCAUGGUUCUGGUUGGGUUCGAUUAACUUCUUCGGCGCGCGUUAGGUCAUCUCAGUGGAUGCCACGGGACUUUGGGCGCGGAUGAACUUUAAUUUCCAGGAAAAAAAAGGGUUCAACUGAACCCCCUACGCCCCUGUUAAUUUCAGGGGAAACCUCUCAGAGUCUAAGCUAUUCAGAUAUUUCUAGGGAUGUUGGCUCAUGCUCUAGCAAUCGAUCCCUCAAGGACUUUGCAAUGCCCAGCUACUUCAAAGGUGUCAACUGCACCCUUGGGACUUGUCUCUUCGUUGAGUUUCAACAGGGGAUGCAAGGAAAAGAACAAAAUCUUUAUCAAUGCGGAUAGGUUUAGAUACACAAAAUACAGUACUCCUUUCUGUUAUGCACAGAGAAAUGCCAGAAUCAUACCACUGGCAACUGCAUCGUUUGGGGACAUGGCUGAUUCUUCGACUCCCAUCUUUCCUAGAAUCCAUGUGAAGGAUCCAUAUCAGCGUCUUGGAAUUAGCAGGGAAGCAUCUGAAGAAGAGAUUCGAGCUGCCAGGAACUAUCUGAUAAGCAAGUAUGCAGGCCAUAAGCCGAGUGUUGAUGCAAUUGAGUCUGCCCAUGACAGGAUUAUUAUGCAGAGUUUCUUUGAUAGGAAAAAGCCAAAAAUGGACCUCAAGAAAAAAUUUAGAGAACUUAGUCAGUCACGUGCAGUCAAAGCUAUUCAAGGCAGAUUUCAAACACCACGUAGCAAAGUCAUUUGGCAGACAGCAAUUACUUUUAUCUUACUUGGAGCGCUUACGCUUGCUUUUCCUACUGAAGAAGGGCCAACUCUCCAGGUGGCCAUAUCUUGUGCAGUAAAUAUCUAUUUCAUUUAUCAGAGGGUCAGAAGUGGAUGGCGAGCAUUCUUUUAUGGGUUUGGAUCUUUCUUUGCUUCGUGGUUCCUUGGCACCUUCUUGAUGGUAUCUGUAAUUCCACCAAUACUGUCAGGCCCAAGAAACUUGGAAGUGAGCACGGCAUGUGUUACAUAUGCCCUCCUUUUCAUAUCGUCAACCUUCCUGAAGUAAGAAGCCUUGGUAUUUUUCCAUGUUAGCCUAUAAUCCUGUGGCAGCCAUCAACAUGGUAUCCUACUUCUGAUUACUCCACAAUCAUCUUCUCCUUUCUUUGUUUCUUCCCAGAGUUGCAAAUGCCAGUUCAUUGGUGAGUUGAUAGUAGUUGUCAGGUUGUAAUUUGAGAUGUAGAACUGUUUCACCCUGGCCCUUCUUAAGCAGUGAGCCUAACACCUCCUGUAGGCAUUUUGGUCGAUGUGUUAAACACAGUUUGGUUUUGGAUUAGAUCAUAUGAGAUAGUAUCCAUCCGAAUUGAAAUGCUGA